UCAAAGCAGUUGCAGUUGAUUCCCGACGGGUGAACUGAGCGAAAGUAAAAGUGUGAUCCAGAAAAGAAAUUUUCAUAAAUCCAAAAAAGAUGUCGAAAAUUGGUAUUAACGGAUUUGGCCGCAUCGGUCGUCUGGUGCUGCGCGCCGCCAUCGACAAGGGCGCCACCGUCGUUGCUGUCAACGAUCCAUUCAUCGAUGUCAGCUACAUGGUCUACUUGUUCAAGUUCGAUUCCACCCACGGCCGUUUCAAGGGCACCGUGUCCGCCGAGGGCGGCUUCCUGGUCGUCAACGGCCAGAAGAUCACCGUAUUCAGCGAACGCGACCCCGCCAACAUCAACUGGGCCAGCGCUGGUGCUGAGUAUGUUGUUGAGUCCACCGGUGUCUUCACCACCACCGAGAAGGCCUCCACUCACUUGAAGGGUGGCGCCAAGAAGGUCAUCAUCUCGGCCCCAUCUGCUGACGCACCCAUGUUCGUCUGCGGCGUCAACUUGGAUGCCUACACCCCCGACAUGAAGGUUGUGUCGAACGCCUCGUGCACCACCAACUGCUUGGCUCCCUUGGCCAAGGUCAUCAACGACAACUUCGAGAUCGUUGAGGGUCUGAUGACCACCGUGCAUGCCACCACUGCCACCCAGAAGACCGUCGAUGGCCCCUCCGGCAAGUUGUGGCGUGAUGGCCGUGGCGCUGCCCAAAACAUCAUUCCAGCAUCGACUGGCGCUGCCAAGGCUGUUGGCAAAGUGAUCCCAGCUCUCAAUGGCAAAUUGACUGGCAUGGCUUUCCGUGUCCCCACACCCAAUGUGUCCGUUGUCGAUUUGACCGUGCGUCUGGGCAAGGGCGCCACCUACGAUGAGAUUAAGGCCAAGGUGCAGGAGGCUGCCAAUGGACCAUUGAAGGGCAUUUUGGGCUACACCGAUGAGGAGGUUGUCUCCACCGACUUCCUCAGCGACACUCACUCCUCGGUGUUCGACGCCAAGGCUGGCAUCUCUCUGAACGACAAGUUCGUGAAGUUGAUUUCGUGGUACGACAACGAGUUCGGUUACUCCAACCGUGUCAUUGACUUGAUCAAGUACAUGCAGAGCAAGGAUUAAAUACACAGGCUAAAUAAAAAAGAACAACAAUGUUAACUCUUCUCAAUACGCACAAACAGGAGGUGUAGCAUUUAAUUCUAUAGAUGAGAAGCAUCCGAUUUACGCAUACAAACACACGCAUUAUCAGUUUACCCAAUAAAAAAAAAACAAUUACACCAAUACAUACACCAAACUUCGUAUAUUAAUGUCACAUACAUGCCUGCAUGUGUACAUGUAGCUGUAAUUGUAAUUGUAUUAUUGUUACCAACAGAUCUUCUCUCUCCUGUUUGAUGAGCCGCGCAAACAACAGUUACAUAAAUUAUAUAACCUAAUCUCGUUACAAAUAAAAAAAAUUAAAAAAACACAAA